UUUAUAACUCGGCUCUAUUCCCCCAGCACUCGACCUGUGAAAACCACGCCUAUGCAGCCACACAAUUGGUCCGAAAGCGUCAAAGAGCCAAUCAACAAGCCUCGGGCUCCCGCAGCCCACAGCGCAGCUCGACCGUCCAGAGCCGCCGAGCAGACGCCCGGGGAAUUCUAGAGGCGGAGGAGGGUGGCGAGGAAAGCGAUUUCGCUCACGGUUUUUUAGCACAAGGAAGACAGCCGAGUCUCCGAGGCAGAAGAUCGCAGGCACCAUUCGAUCGCCACCCAGACACUGCACGCAGCCCGGAACCAGAGAGGAGGAUCGCGAACCGAAGCCAGCUUCGCAGUUCGUGUUUUGAAAACGCCGCUGGAAAGGGGCUUAAAUCGCUUUUUUUUUUUUUUAAGGAGAGACUUUUCCUCCCCCUCUUGAUCUCGCUGCCUGUGAAAGCAAGAGUCUAGCUCAACUAAGACGCCUCCUGCGAGAAAGCCAGAGAAGAGCUAGGGGGCGGGGGAAGGAGUCGAAAAAAAGGUUAAAAAAAAAAGUCUCGAGAACCUUGCGCUUUGGCAACAAAGAGCGUGGGAGCCGGGGAGCCACCCCGGGAAAAGGCUGCUGUGUCUAUUUCCAGCUAAGCCACAGGGCUCGGGCGCCAGUCGAGCCCCUGCUUGCUGCUUGCCCUACUGAAACCGACUUGCAGGAGCGGCUUUUCCAACACACUCCACGCAGCAGUACAGCCCCCGGCAGCGGCUAUGUCUCCCGAUCUGUCGCCUUGUCCUCUUUAAAAACGGCAUUCUCUUCCCCUUAAAGACACUUUCCCCUCCCCUUCAGACGCUUUAUUUGUAAUUUGUCCCUCUUUUUUAUUUUAAACACAACUAUGUGUCGCUGUUGAAUUUUUUUUUCAAUUAUUAUUUUUGAAAAGCAACAACAAAAGCGAAGCCAAGCCAGCAAGCAGCUGCGGACUGGUUCCCUGUCUGGAGUGGAUGAGUCUCUCCAUGAGAGAUCCGGUUAUCCCUGGGACAAGCAUGGCCUAUCAUCCGUUCCUACCUCACCGGGCGCCGGACUUCGCCAUGAGCGCGGUGCUGGGCCACCAGCCGCCUUUCUUCCCCGCGCUAACGCUGCCUCCCAACGGCGCCGCGGCGCUCUCGCUGCCCGGUGCCCUGGCUAAACCCAUCAUGGAUCAGUUAGUGGGGGCUGCUGAGACUGGCAUCCCUUUCUCAUCCCUGGGACCCCAGGCACAUCUGAGGCCUCUGAAGACCAUGGAACCCGAAGAAGACGUAGAAGACGACCCCAAGGUGCACCUGGAGGCCAAGGAACUUUGGGACCAGUUUCACAAGAGGGGUACAGAGAUGGUCAUUACGAAGUCAGGAAGGCGAAUGUUCCCUCCAUUUAAAGUGAGGUGCUCUGGGCUGGAUAAAAAGGCCAAGUAUAUUUUAUUGAUGGAUAUUAUAGCUGCUGAUGACUGUCGAUAUAAAUUUCACAAUUCUCGGUGGAUGGUGGCCGGUAAGGCAGACCCCGAAAUGCCAAAGAGAAUGUACAUACACCCGGACAGCCCCGCUACGGGGGAGCAGUGGAUGUCCAAAGUCGUCACUUUCCACAAACUGAAACUCACCAACAACAUCUCGGAUAAACACGGAUUUACUAUACUCAACUCUAUGCAUAAGUACCAGCCGCGGUUCCACAUCGUCAGAGCCAACGAUAUUCUGAAACUGCCCUACAGUACUUUUCGAACGUACCUGUUCCCGGAAACAGAAUUCAUUGCAGUGACUGCCUAUCAGAAUGACAAGAUAACUCAGUUAAAAAUAGACAACAAUCCUUUUGCGAAGGGUUUUCGGGACACCGGCAAUGGCAGGAGAGAGAAAAGAAAGCAGCUUACCCUGCAGUCCAUGAGGGUGUUUGAUGAGAGGCAUAAGAAAGAGGCUGGGACUUCUGAUGAAUCCUCCAGCGAGCAGGCAGCCUUCAACUGCUUUGCUCAGGCCUCCUCUCCUGCUGUGUCCACCGUGGGGACAUCUAACCUCAAAGAUCUGUGUCCCAGCGAAGCCGAGAGUGACGCCGAGGCUGAAAGCAAGGAGGAGCACGGCCCGGAGGCCUGCGACGCUGCCAAGAUUUCCACCACCACGGCCGAGGAGCCAGGCCGAGAUAAGGGCAGCCCGACCACCAGGGCGCAGCUGUUCCCAGCGGAACCCAGCCGGGCCCGCGACACCGCGCGUCUGGACAAGGCAUCGCCAGACUCGCGCCACAGCCCGGCCACCAUCUCGUCUAGCACGCGCGUUCCGGGAGCGGAUGAGCGCAGGAGUCCCGGGCGCGAGGGUCCAGUCGCCACCAAGGUGGAUGAGGCGCGCGCGAUGCCUGCCAAGGACGCCUUUGCUCCACUGUCGGUGCAGACAGACGCCACCGCGCACCUGACCCAGGGGCCUCUCCCGGGCUUGGGUUUCGCCCCAGGCCUAGCCGGCCAGCAGUUCUUCAACGGGCACCCUCUCUUCCUGCACCCCAGCCAGUUUGCUAUGGGCGGCGCCUUCUCCAGCAUGGCUGCAGGCAUGGGGCCCCUGCUGGCCACAGUAUCCGGGGCAUCCACCGGCGUCUCAGGCCUGGAUUCCACAGCCAUGGCCUCCGCUGCCGCAGCGCAGGGACUGUCCGGGGCGUCGGCUGCCACCCUGCCCUUCCACCUCCAACAGCACGUUCUGGCCUCCCAGGGCUUGGCCAUGUCGCCUUUCGGGAGCCUAUUUCCUUACCCAUACACAUACAUGGCUGCCGCUGCUGCGGCCUCCUCCGCCGCCGCCUCCAGCUCCGUGCACCGCCACCCGUUCCUCAAUUUGAACAGCAUGCGCCCCAGGCUGCGUUACAGCCCGUAUUCCAUCCCUGUUCCGGUGCCCGAUAGCAGCAGCUUGCUGGCAUUACCAUCCAUGGCUUCCGCCGCGGGGCCACUAGACGGCAAAGCGGCGGCCCUGGCAGCCAGCCCAGCCUCGGUGGCUGUGGACUCCGGGUCGGAACUGAACAGCCGCUCGUCCACGCUGUCCUCUGGCUCAGUGUCCUUGUCACCCAAACUCUGCUCCGAGAAAGAGGCGGCUACCAGCGAACUGCAAAGCAUCCAGCGGCUGGUCAGUGGCUUGGAAGCCAAGCCAGACAGGUCCUGCAGCGGGUCUCCUUAAAAAAAAAAAAAAAAAAAACCGCCCCCCACCCCCCAAGGUCUCUCCAUUCCAGUUUGGUCAAAUCUGCCAGUGCACUUUGUUAGAUGUAAGAUAAACCACGGGCCUUCCACAUGGGGUGACCCCCAUCCCUUUCAGUUUUGUCUGGGAAGGAGCAGAACAAUCCUUCCACAGAGCGUGCUAGAGACCACAGGCCAUCUUGGGCUGUGCUAACCAGGCUGCUGUUGCAUUGAGACGCGGGGCUGUGAGGGGGACAAACAGGCUUUUUGUGUCUAGCCUUCUAUGCAUAGCCUUCUAUGCAGGCUGGUGUGAAAGUUGGGGAUGAAGGACAAGGUAGCCAGGCCGGCCAGGAGCGCGGGUCUUUGAGAGAGACUUCACCCGAAUCUUUUCUCCUUCGUGUAUCCAGUGGAAAAAUCCCCCCCCCAAAAAAAACCUAACAAACAAAACCAAUGUGGGGGUGGGGAGAAGUCCCGUGGAACCUGUCUACGAAGACUGAAACUCACCAAUUGCUGAGUACUUUCGUUGGGGCAGGGAGAGGAGGGGCCUUGCUUGUCCUUGCCCCGUCUAUAUUAAAGGAAUCCUGUGUCUUUUUAAAAAAAAUAUUGUGAUGUUUUAAGAGCCGAUGCUGGCUUUUUUUUUUUUUUUUUGCAUGUUACAGUUUUCUGGGUUUUAUUUUGGCUUUUGCCCCCCCCCCCACGCCUUUUAUGGAAAAACAACGGAAGUCCCAUUCUCCUCAACCUUGCUCAAGUCUGGCAACCAGGAGGAAGUGGGGUAAAAGGGGGUGCUGCGGGCGUGAAACCAACCGAGUUUAUUUUAUCUAAGCGCUGUAGAGGGCUUCGUGUGCCUGUUGGACCAUUAGUUCUUUUAACUGUAUAUGCAAUAACAAGGUUUUAAAAAGAAAUAAUAAAGAGGAAACGCGACUAUUGGACAAAGUAUUUAUGUAAUUAUUUGAUAUCUCUUGUAAAUAGGUGGAAGAUGACUGCUCAGAAAGUUAAACUUUUAAUUUAUUGAAUUGUACAUACCUGAAUGUAAAUAGAAGCGUGUCUGUCAGGUUUUAUUCUUGUUUUGCCUUUUGGGUUUUAUUUCCGGGUCAGGAGAUGGCUAAUCCACACCAACAAGCAUAGGCGUCUAUAAUCACAUCUACACGCUUUCAAGUAGAGCUGGCUGCAAAGUUUUGGCUGUUUUGUUUUUUUAAAAAAUGUCCAAAAGCUGAUGGAAGGGGUGGGGUCGGGAGUACUCUUUCCUAUUUUCACCAAAAUUGGGGAGGUAUUGGCCCUUCCAGCCUCCACUUGAAAUUCCCUAAACUCUUGACACCCCCGGACAGGUUGAGAUUGUUGUGGGGGUGGCCGUUCAGAGGCCAGUGUAUAACUUUCCUAAUUUUUUCAUAGGCUCUGGCAUCUUCUAACGCAAGUGAGGUUUUCAGUGUUCAUCUUGAUGGUGUUUUGGAUUGGUGUACGGAGAGGGUUCAAACGACCAUGAAAGGCAAAACAAAACAAAAAACUAAAUAAAAAUAAAAAAAUAAACAAAAAACAAAAAAAAACAAAAACAAGAAGGCGUAUUUUGUGUUUAGUCCUUGAUGAGUUUUCUGUAAUUCUCCCCCUCUUUAAAAAAACAUCACUGAAAUUUCAAUAAAUUUUUAUUGAAAUGA